AUGUGCACGUGCUGGAAAAAUUUUCCAAUCCAAUCGGGUCCAUCUUCCUCACAACGAAAUGAAAUCCAAUGGAUAAAUCCCUAUGACGCCAAUUCUUUAAUAGAAUCUCAUGCUAUUAUUGAACAAUUAUCAGAAGAGGAAGAAAUCUGUGUUUUGGGAGGAGGUUUCGUAGCAGUGGAAGUCUCUGGUUUUCUUGCUGGCAAGUAUCGAGAGAGAAAGAUCACCAUGAUUCAACGAUCGAAUCAACUCAUGAAACCAAUUCAAGAUGCACACCAUGCUGUCAUGAAUAUUUUCAAGAAUUCUCUCCCCAAUGUGAAGGUCAUGUUAAAUUCUGAAAUUGUUUCACAAAACGGAUCAAAAAGUUUCAUUGUAAAAACCAAGAGCAAUGACACGUGUUGCUCCACUCAACAUUCCUCGAGUACUGAAACUCAAGUGGGCUGCUCGGUAUGCUUUAUUUGCACUGGAAUGAAACCUCAGGUCGAUUUCUUGAGAGACUUUUUUUCUAAGAGUCUUGAUUCGAAUGGAUUUAUUUGUGUGAAUGCUCACAUGCAAGUGGAAGCGAUGAAUUCAAAGGAUCAUCAUGUCAUGACACCUUUUUUAGUUCAUACCAAUAAUAAUAAUAAUAAUAAUAAUACUUUAAAGGAUUCGGUCAUCACCUACAGCACCAGAACUCAUUAUGACCACAUUUUCGCUAUUGGUGAUGCCACAAAUGUGAAAGAAACAAAAUUAGCCUCACACGCACACAAACAUGCCAAAACUGUCAACACUGUCUUGCGUCAAGUGUUGCAAUCCUUUCCUCGCUCACAAUUGGAUACCUACACACCACGUGGUUACUCUCGACCUCAAACAGUCAUUAUUGGACCUAAUCAUGGAUUAUGGAUCAAGGGAAGUACCUUAUUGUUAAAUAGUUCGAUGGUGGCUUAUUUUAAGGAGAAAUCACAAGCUAUGAAAGGACGAGUCAUGGCCAGUCGUGGUGACGGUGAUGGCUCUAUAAAUGCAGCAAAGGAGAAAGAAAUGGAGAGAAAGUGA